AUGAACGCUUCUUCAGAUCUGAGCUUCGAUUUCUCGCCGGACUUGCCAGUGGCCAUUUCACUGGUAGGAGGCAGAUACCUCCUUUUCGAUGUCAAAAUAGUAACUUGGCUUCGCCGAGAGCAUCGAAUAUGUGGCACCGCUCUCGGCACCCUCCCCAUAGCUCCAUCUCAGAAUUUGUUCCUCGGUGUGCCCAUCGAGAUCAUGCCAGAAGAGGCCGAGCUACUUGUUGAACGGAACAUAGCAGUUAUUGCGGACGACGCUCGAGCUCACGCCCAAGCUGUGCGGUCGGGGGAUCAAGCUCGAAGGGCGGAUUAUCUCGCACGAAUUGAGAAGCAAUCUAAUCAAGUUAAGCAAGCUAAAGACCAGGAAAAAAUGGAGUCCAAAAGGCGUGGUCUUGAGAAACAAUCUAAGAAAUCAGCCCAUCCGUCACGAUCUACUCAAGUUGACCCAGCAAAUGACCUGCUUGAUUUUGACGAAGCUGUCACACCACACGGCGGCGCGGAAGAAGUCCAAGCAGCAGACGAAGAAGUAGUCGUUCAAGACGUCUCUCCCGUCAAAGUGUUGCCUCUCACCGCAACAUCUAGUUCCUAUCGAGUCACUCCUGCGACCUCCCGAUUGCUUCUCCCUCACCCUCUCUCUGCACCUCAGUCGACGAUCGAGGACCUUCCUCCAAGCUACCCUCUGUACAGACAUCUCCAUGACAAGGGCUUCUUCAUGACGCCGGGCCUUCGCUUUGGGUGUCAAUACACCGUCUAUCCGGGCGACCCCCUCCGCUUUCACUCUCACUUCCUCGCCAUCGGCACGGAAUGGGAUGAAGAGAUCGAUCUCAUGGAUAUCGUCGGCGGGGGUAGGCUGGGUACCGGUGUGAAGAAAGGUUUCUUGCUAGGUGGCGCCAACCCAACCGGAGGUGGUGUCAGGACUUUUAGUGUCGAAUGGGCGGCCAUGUAA